UCAUUCAUAAUCGCUUUUGAUGAACUCGAUACUUUGCGUCCUCCAGGGUCCUUCGUGACCUCCAUAUGCACUAAUAUUUUGCAACACAUUGCUAUCGCAAAAGGCUCUCCAGUUCCUCAAGCUUGUGCAGCCAUGAUGGCCCCAACAAACACCACGCCUCUGGGCUUUUCGGCGCGAAGAGGCCGCAAGUCUGCAACUCCGUACGAGCUCAUCGCUUCGCAAUCCACCGCCUCGGCGUCAUCUUCAUCGCCAUUUCGAUCUUCUGCCGCUCCUGCCUCAGGUAGAUCCGCAUUUGGGACGAACACGCCUGUACGGCCGAGUGCACUCGGUGCCGGGACCAUCUUCUCUCCCGCCUCGAUAAGGAGCCUCGAUGCAGGGACAGGGUCGCCGUUCAGAAGGAACGUCCCCUUCGGCAGCCCGGGUUUGCGAGCUUCGACGGCUACUGCAAGUGCCGGUUCCUUUCCAGGUCGCUCGCCAGCAGCAAGAGAGAGCAAGCGGAGAGAUUCGUCCGUGGGCGAAUCAUCACCACCGUCAAAGAAGGUAAAAUCUGCUCGCUUCGUCCGUCGUAGGUCAUGGACGGAAAAAGCAGCUACACUUCCCGUGGAGCUUUUCCAUUCCCUCUCCAUGCAGCUCUCACUUUACAUGAGCGACCUGCAAGAACUUGGGCCGUCAUUCGGCUGGAUUCUCGGAGGCAUUUUACACUUCCUCUCCAUUAUGGCGCAUGUCAUCUCGCCAGACUCAGAUUUUGGGCUCGGAUUCGGAUCUAUGUUCAGCCGCCGUAGAUCCAGAAAUGGAGCUGCCGGCACUAUCGCUGCCAAAGGCGGGUCAGUCAAAAGUAUGUUCGUUGACGAUCGCAAGGCACCUCUUCGCACCGCUUUGGGACUAGGGACAAGUUCAGCCCCCAGCACAGCCGAACAGAUGCGACGUCUAGCUUCUAUGCAGCGGCAGGCCUGGCUCAGAGCAAUUAGCAUCGUCCUCUCUCUUUCACUCUUGCUUUUGGCGAGCUACAAUGCCUACUAUCUCUUCGUGCAGGCCAGACGGCGGUACACGUUCUGGAUGAAAAGCCAGGAUGAGCCACUGAAAUCCGAGAAUGCCAAGUUGGUUCCAGUCGUUCAGCGCGACGACGAGCGACCGAGUCUCCAUGAGCGUAUCAUUGAAAACAUAACUACAUUUGCGCAAGCGCAACUUCGAAAAGCCCCUAUCAUCAAUUGGUUUGUGCCUCAAGAGCAUGCCGCAUGGCGCAAUGGCAACCGAAAUGCCACGCCUAUGAUGUAUGCGCUUGACGUCUGGCGAGCACCCGAGCUCAGCCUUAGCAUCUUUUGGUGAGUGUCUAUUCUCCCGUCCAUGCGCUAUGGUACCACUUUGCAGCGCUGUUGGGCAUAAAGGGCCUCAUAUCUUGGAUCGCAACCUGGCUCGUCAUGGCGGGCCU